AUGGCUGUUACCGGAAAGUCGGGGAAGAACGAAGGGAGAAAGCCGAAUCGCUACCGACCUUUUCCUAAACGUGGGGGGAUGCAGCAGCAACCCCCAAUGCCAUUUCUACCACCUCCACCGUGGCAGGUCCGGCAACCGAAAUCCUCUGAUGACCGGCAUGUUAUGGCCAAACACGCCAGUCUAUACCCCGCCAAUUUACCGGCAUUUCAGAAAAUGGUGUCGGCUUGCGAGAAAGCACUCAAGCUUGUGUCCGAUCAGCUUUCUUGUAAUUCGUCUUCGUCGCCUCCAGCCGACGAGGACAGUCAUAGGGACGAAGAAGAAGGACAGACUACAUCCACGGGAGAAAAGUCUGGUGACAAUACUUCGGAAAAAGAAGCGUCAGGAACGGGUACGACAAAUAAGGAUUCUAGUAAUAAUCAGAAGGACCAACACAGACAAGAUAACGUCUACCGAUCGUUAAAAGGUGUCCAAAGGGUCGGUGUAUUCGGCCACGGACUGUUGUUACAGGAAGACACAACUGUCGAUCUUGUAGCUUUGUCUGCGGAAAAACCAACAGAAAGUUUGCUUCAGCAAAUUUACGAGUGCUUCCCUACCCACCUGUCGGCCGUCACUGACGAUAAAUACGAAUUAAAGCUGCAAAUGGAGUCGGCAGCGAUAUUUGUCACACGCGAAAAAGAACCUAAUAUUUCAUGUAGAAUCACUUUGACCUCUCCUCAGAUGAGGGAUAACCCUGAGGGAUCUGGGGACCAGGACGAACCACUCGAGGUAGGAAGUGACAACAAUGGUGACCACAAAAAUACAUCGGGCCCUAACGGUGGUGAAAAAGAUGUUGAAAACGCACAAGACGAAAAUGCCAAGAAAACUCAGGAUGAAAAAUCUAAUGAUGAUCACACCCAAAAUACAGACUCUUGUGACCCUCCAGAUGUCCUGAAUAAAGAAAUCUGUUUGGAAGCCUUAGCUCAACUCAGACGAGCAAAAUGGUUUCAAGCCCGGGCUAGGGGGUUGCCAAAUUGUGUGGUCGUGCUUCGUAUACUUCGUGAUCUUACCAAAAGGGUUCCCCAAUGGGCGAAUCUGAAUCUUUGGGCUAUGGAAUUGUUGGUACAGAAAUGUAUUGGCAGCGUACGGGUUGCUUUGGGACCUGGAAAUGCACUUCGUCGUGUAUUUGAGUGUCUUUCUGUUGGUAUAAUCCUGCCAUCGGGACAUGGACUAUACGAUCCUUGUGAGAGGGAACCAACUGACCCUUUGACAAACUUGAGUGCUCAGGAUCGUGAAAACAUCACCGCCUCUGCCCAACACAUGCUUAGGUUGAUGGCUUUUAGGAGAAUUCGCCAAGUGCUUGACAUGGAACCGCUGCCCACACCAAGAAGGAAAUUUAAACAGAGAAAGCGAAAGAGGGCAGGCGAGGGACUGGAUACGUCCGAAGCAAAUGCAAGUGAAAAGAAAGACAAGAAAGAAGAUGGGCAAGGCGAGGAGGAAGCUGUUGUUGUUGACGACGACGAUGAAGUUGAAGAAUUACUAGAAGAGGAAGAUGAAGAAGACUGUAGUGUUUAUUUUGAGCCCCCCUCUCUCUCUCUCUCUCUCUCUCUCUCUCUCUCUCUCUCUCUCUCUCUCUCUCUCUCUUGA